AUUCGGGCAAAUUCAAGCGCUGGAGACGGGGUGCGCCGUCACCGCGCGUUCUGCAUCGGGUUACGCCAUUCAUCCAGGAUCAUUCGGUUCACCGGCGUAACGAAAAUGAUGGCCACAUCACGGGCGCGCGUGCCUCCGUCUUCCUCAUGACCGACCGGCGGCGGCGGCAGCAGCAGCAUCUGCGUGCGGGUUUGGGUUUGUCUCUUACCGGGCUGGCGUGGAACCGAUCCCACCGUCUGGCGGAGCGUCUGCCAGGCUGAGUCACCACUGGAGUCUGAAGGGUCGCAAGAGAGAGAGAGAGUGAGAGAGUGAAGGAGGAGGCUGAGGCGUUACAUCACAACGUGGCAGAGAAAGUGAGAGGAAGAGUGUGAGAGAACUGGAGAGCAGAGCGAGACGGCCGUAAGGGAGAGCGAGGGAACAGGACAGAUCCGCCAGCAGGAAGUCGAGCACUGGACUGACCCUUGAACUCUGACCUCAGAGCCAACAUGAACGACCAGAACGUAGUGAAAGAGGGAUGGGUGCAGAAAAGAGGUGAAUACAUUAAGAACUGGAGACCGCGGUACUUCCUGUUAAAGACGGAUGGGUCGUUUAUUGGAUAUAAGGAGAAGCCACAAGAUGCCGAUCUGGCAUAUCCGCUCAACAACUUCUCUGUGGCCAAGUGCCAGCUGAUGAAGACGGAGAGACCGAAGCCCAACACCUUCAUCAUCCGGUGUCUGCAGUGGACCACUGUGAUCGAGCGCACGUUUCACGUGGACACGCCUGACGAGAGGGAUGAGUGGGUCGAGGCCAUUCAGAUGGUGGCAGACAAGCUGGCCAAACAAGAAGAGGAAGGAAUCCUGUGUAGCCCCAUCUCUCAGAUCGAAAACGUCAACGAGGAAGAGAUGGACACGUCAACCAGUCAUCACAAACGAAAGACAAUGAAUGACUUUGACUAUCUGAAGCUGCUGGGUAAAGGCACAUUUGGGAAGGUGAUUCUGGUGCGAGAGAAAGCCAGCGGCACAUAUUAUGCAAUGAAGAUCCUGAAAAAGGAGGUUAUUAUUGCCAAGGAUGAAGUUGCUCACACGCUCACCGAGAGCAGAGUUCUGAAGAACACUAGGCAUCCCUUUCUAACUUCACUGAAGUACUCAUUUCAGACGAAGGAUCGUUUAUGUUUUGUUAUGGAGUACGUGAAUGGAGGAGAGCUGUUUUUUCAUUUGUCGAGAGAGCGCGUAUUUUCAGAGGAUAGAACCCGUUUCUACGGCGCUGAAAUCGUUUCUGCGUUGGAUUACUUGCACUCUGCGAAGAUUGUUUACCGUGACCUGAAGCUGGAAAACCUGAUGUUGGAUAAGGACGGUCACAUAAAGAUCACUGAUUUCGGCCUGUGUAAGGAGGGCAUCACAGACACGGCCACCAUGAAAACGUUCUGCGGGACCCCGGAGUAUCUGGCCCCUGAGGUUUUGGAGGACAAUGAUUACGGGAGAGCGGUGGACUGGUGGGGUCUGGGAGUCGUUAUGUAUGAGAUGAUGUGUGGACGCCUGCCCUUUUAUAAUCAGGACCAUGAGAAGCUGUUUGAACUGAUUCUGAUGGAAGAGAUCAAGUUUCCCAGAACCCUCUCUGCAGACGCCAAGUCUUUACUGUCUGGAUUACUCAUCAAAGACCCCAAUAAGAGGCUCGGAGGAGGUCCGGAUGAUGCUAAGGAAAUCAUGAGACACAGUUUCUUCACUACAGUGGACUGGCAGGACGUCUAUGACAAAAAGCUGGUACCGCCGUUCAUGCCGCAGGUCUCGUCUGAAACCGACACCAGGUAUUUCGACGAGGAGUUCACGGCGCAGACUAUCACCAUCACCCCUCCGGAGAAGUACGACGAGGACGGGAUGGACUCGGCUGAUAGCGAACGGAGACCACAUUUCCCACAAUUCUCGUAUUCGGCCAGCGGGCGGGAGUGACCGUCAUCAAAUAACGCCAUUUAAGGAGCCAUCCUAGAAAGAGCCCCCUCUCUCUCU